GAGAUUAUAAACAUAUACUUAUUUUACUUUGUUAUAUAAUAAAUUUUAUAUCAAUUCUUUUUCAUUUUAAUUCUAUUUUAUUGUUCUGGAGAAUAUUUAGAGAAUACUUAAAAAAGUUAAGGGAAACAGAGAAUAUUUUAAAAUAAUUUUUAAAUAAUUUCGAAUCUGAAUAAUUAUAAUUAAACUAUAUAAUUCCAUGAUAUUUUAAAAACUAGGAAGAGUAAUACAUAUAUAAAUAUAGUUGAUUUAUUGUCAUAAUUGUUUAGACUAUUUUUAAAUCUUAGGAUUUAAAAAUAUUCUAAAGUGUGUAUGCGCGCGCGCGUAUGUGUGUAACUGUAUAAAGUAAUAUCUAUUAAAACUCUUUACAUGUUAUAUCUCUCUUUUUUUUAUUCUCUCCCUUUCUCUGUCUUUGUUAAUCACGUUAUCAUAUUAUUACAUCAAAUUGAUUAAAUUGAUUGAAAUAAAAAAAAUUAGGAAAAUGAGACCAUCACACAUGUAUUAUUCGUGCUUCUUGAGUGUUAUAUGUCUCACGUAGCGUAUUAUGUCAUAUUACAUGAAAAUUGCUUUAUAUAAAAACCUCUUGAAUAAUGUCUACUUUGCGUCUACUUCUAAAAGAAAUGAAUUAGUAACAUCGCUUUUCAAUGCUUCGCAACAUGCAAAAUUGAAUAGACUAUCUCUGUUAUUUAUCAAUGCGGAUCGAUUGUUUUAAUACACCUGAGUGCUGCGUAAUGAAUAUCAAAUUAUAAAAAAUACUAGCAUGGUGAAUCGACGCAAUUGUGACGUGACCAGCAAUUUUAUCGGUUACUAGGUGUUAGUUUACGGUGGAUAAAUUCACCACGCUCCAACAGGCCUUGCUACUUUUCGUGCUAUAUUAUUGUUUUAAGUGUCUAUUCCUUUAAGUCAAGACCGAUGAUUGACUGAAGAAAGCAAGCGACAUAUGGACUAAUAGCAUUACCUAAGUGAUCGGCAUAAUUCAAUGAGAAAUAAUUUUUUUUCUCUCUCAUUUGUCAAAACAGAUCAAUCGUUUUAAUAUACGUAAGUACCGUAACAUAUGUCGCUAAUACAAGGAUUCAACCAUCAUCAGACUAUCGACACGUAAUCGUAAUGUAUCCGGCGAAUAAGCAUCAACAGACAUUCAGAGUUCAUUCACAGUGGUGAUGAUCAUGACGAUCACUAUACAACAAGCUUUGCGUCCUCUUUUUCUCACGUGUUUUGUCAUUGGUUUAGGCGCUUAUCCCAUAAAACAACCACAUUUAAGGAUUCGAUGGGUUACAUACUUAAGUAUACUAUAUUCUUUGACAGUGUGGUCUCUUUAUAUAUACGUUACUUAUUAUGUGACAACUUUAUUUACCCUGGAAAGAAUAUUUUUCACUAUUAUUAGCUUUAUUAUCACAGUGAUUAAUAUUCUUGCCACAAUUACAUCCAGUUUCGUAGGUUUCUACUAUCACAAGAAAUUUGAGAUGUGUAUGAUUAAACUUGACGCUGUGGACGACACUUUAGAACAACUCGGUACUCCGAAAAUGCAUAAAAGGAUAUUCAUGUGGUCAAAACAAAUAAUAAUUGGAUGGUUCCUAUACAGUUUUACCUUAAAUAUUUAUUAUGUACAAAACUAUGCCCAACACAUGAGUGUUUUUUGGGCACUAAUCCUGUCAGUCAUAAUACUUUAUGGUACUCAUGUGAACAUAUUAGUGGAUGUUUUAUUUAUUAUUCUUUUGUGGUAUGUCGGUAAUAGAUUUGAUAAAGUACACGAGCAUAUAAAAUGUCUAUUGGUGGGAAAGGAAUUAGGGAUAAGGCGUCCAUGGAAUAAAUCAAUAAUCGCCAUUAAUAAAUCAACCAAUAAUUACAAACAAGUGUUUUGGACCACAAUGCACCUUUACUUAGAAUUACAUCGCAUCUCCUGUGACUUAAACUUAAUGUUCGGAAUGAAGAUGACUCUUCAAACAGCAUCUUAUCUUCUAUAUUUAACAGCGUUUUGUUAUCAUAUGUUCUUCUUUAUAACGUAUGACAAAUAUUUAAAUGAGUUUUCGUCCCUUGACUGGUUUAUGACAUUUCUUUGGGCUUCUUCAUUUAUAAUAAGGCUAUACGUUAUAAAUUAUAUCUGUGACAGUGUGAAAUACAAGGCUAAUGGUAUUGACAAAACAAUUGAUCAACUGACACAUGUUAUGCGAUACGCUGAUAUAUGGAAAGAGAUUUACCAGUUUAUUCUACAAGCAAUGCAUCAUCCAUUAAAAUUUACUGGAAUGGGUCUCUUCGAAUUUGGUCAAAAGUUUUUUUGGAAGUUUUGCAUCACUAUUGCAACAUUUGUGAUACUUAUGAUACAGAUGAAAGUACCUGUCAAUAUUGGCAUUUAAACAUUUUGCUAUGAAAGAACUACUAAAUUCUCUGAAAACAAUAAAUAUCGGGAGAAGAUAUUAACAUUAUGUUUUAUAAUUAUGCCGAUUAAAUGUUACAUUCAGAUUCAUAUAACAUUAGUUAAAUAUAGAUAUAUGAAAGUACACUAAAACAAUAAAUAUGUAUUAAAUAUGUAAGCUCAAUA